AUGGCGGGCCGUGGGCGGGUGAGCAUGCAGGAGCACAUGGCUAUCGACGUGAGCCCGGGCCCCAUCCGCCCCAUCUGCCUCAUCUCCCACUACUUCCCACACUUCUACCCCACCGCUGAGCCUGCCCUGCGCCCCCCAGACCCACGCCCCCCAGUGACCCCCGUCCGCUCUGCACCCCAGCCCCAGCCGGACCCAGAGCCAGAGGGAGACUCAGACGACAGCACCGCCCUCGGCACCCUCGAGUUCACACUCCUGUUUGACGCGGGCAACAGCUCCCUGCACUGCACGGCCCACCGUGCCAAGGGCCUCAAGCCGCCGGCCUCGGGCUCCGUGGACACCUUCGUCAAAGCCAACCUGCUGCCCGGGGCCAGCAAGGCCAGCCAGCUGCGGACGCGCACGGUUCGGGGCACACGGGGGCCUGUCUGGGAGGAGACGCUCACCUAUCAUGGGUUCACCCUCCAGGACGCCCGGCGCAAGACCUUGCGGCUGACCCAGGUGGCCCCCGGGCUGUCCGUGUGUGAAGACCCAUGGCUGCGGCGACGGAGGCGGGCGCCUCCCCUGGGAGAGCUGCGGGUGCCUCUGAGGAAGCUGGUGCCCAACCGGGCCAGGAGCUUCGACGUGUGUCUGGAGAGGCGGAGGCUGACCAAGAGGCCCAAGAGCCUGGACACAGCACGCGGCAUGUCUCUGUAUGAGCAGGAGGCGGAGGCGGAGGCGGCCUGGGAGGAGCGCGGGCGUGUCCUGCUGUCACUGUGCUACAGCUCUCAGCGGGGCGGCCUGCUGGUGGGCGUGCUGCGCUGCGCCCACCUCGCCCCCAUGGAUGCCAACGGCUACUCGGACCCCUUCGUCCGCCUUUUCCUGCAUCCCAAAGCAGGGAAGAAAUCGAAAUACAAGACCAGUGUUCGGAAGAAGACCCUGAACCCCGAGUUCAACGAGGAGUUCUUCUACGCAGGCCCGCGGGAGGAGCUGGCCCAGAAGACGCUGCUGGUGUCUGUAUGGGAUUAUGACCUGGGCACGGCUGACGACUUCAUCGGUGGGGUGCAGCUGAGCAGCCGGGCCGGUGGGGAGCGCCAGCAACACUGGCGCGAAUGCCUGGGCCGCAGUGACCGCAGGCUGGAGCUUUGGCACCCGCUGGACGGCACGCCCCUCCAGCUCAGCGACUAG